UUUCUCCCUUUCUUUCUGUUUCAAAAACUUCCCACACAAAAAAUCACAAAUUCUUUACCCAAAAAUCUCUCCCUCUUGCUCUCUUUCUCUCCCACCCUCAAGUUACCAUUAAGGAAUCCAUCAAGAUUCAAUCACUUCUCUAUGUCAACUUAAAAAAGAAGAAGAAGAAGAAGACAAAGUCUGCUCAGAUUUUUCUCUGAUACAUCAAUUUCUUUGAUUUUAAGAACUAAAGAAUUCAAGAAACUUAAAUUCAUUCGAAAAAACUCACUCAAACCUGUAUUAAACGAGAUCAGGAUCUUGAAUUGUUUUUCAUUCUUGCUGGAGUUGAGCCAAUAGCGAGAGGUGCUGCUAAACUAGUGUGUGUUUUAAGAUCGAAAUUUCGGGAAGGAGGAGAUUUAUUAGUUUGGGCACAUUGUGAGAUCUGAACCAUGUGGAUUGUUAGUUGAUUUUUUUGUACAAAUGGAAGAAAGAAGACCAUCAUCACUACGUCCAAGUGGGAGUAUUAAGCAGACAUUAUCAGGAAAAUCAACUCCUAGAGGUUCACCAUCGUUUCGGAGACUACAUUCCAGUCGCACGCCCAGAAGAGGAGAUGGUAGAGGUGAACGUUUUCAGUGGUUUAGAAGUAAUAGAUUGUUGUUUUGGUUAUUGUUGAUUACACUAUGGGCGUACCUAGGGUUUUAUGUACAAUCUAAGUGGGCACAUGCUGAUAAUAAUGAUGGUAAAAAUGAUUUGAUUGGAUAUAGAAGUAAACCAAGCACGAUUACUGGUAAUGCAAGUACAGAUCAGAAUUUGCAGCCAGCAUUGGUCAAGAAUGAGAAACUUGUGGUUGCUACCCAGAAUUCUACUGAUGGGGGAAGCAAAAAUGAGUCCAAGCUCACAGAUGCAAGUCUGGCACCAAAAACAAGUGGGACAUUGGUGCAUAAAAACUCUCCCAGGAAUCCAAGGAAGGUUAAGAGGACGGCUUUAUCACGUAGAUUGCGGAGUAAGAACCGUAAGAAAGAAAAGAUUGCUGAUGAGGCUGAAAACACUAAUUUGGUGGAGCAGGAAGAGGAGAUUCCUAAAAGAAAUACUUCAUAUGGGUUGCUUGUUGGUCCUUUUGGUACAACCGAGGACAGAAUUUUGGAAUGGAGUGCUGAGAAGAGAUCUGGAACCUGCAACCGGAAGGGCGAAUUUGCGCGUAUAGUCUGGUCUAGAAAAUUUGUGUUGGUAUUCCACGAGCUUUCAAUGACAGGGGCCCCACUUUCAAUGAUGGAAUUGGCAACAGAGCUUUUGAGUUGUGGCGCUACAGUGUCUGCUGUAGUUCUUAGCAGAAGAGGUGGCUUAAUGGGAGAACUUAACAGGCGAAAGAUCAAAGUGGUUGAGGACAAGGCUGCACUCAGCUACAAGACUGCCAUGAAAGCUGAUCUUGUCAUUGCGGGAUCUGCUAUCUGUUCUGAUUGGAUUGAGAAAUAUCUUGAACAUAGUAAAGCUGGUUCUAAUCAGAUCGCUUGGUGGAUUAUGGAGAACCGGAGGGAGUACUUCGAUCGAGCAAAACCCAUGCUUAAUCGAGUUACGUCGUUGAUAUAUCUUUCUGAAACACAGUCUAAACAAUGGUCAGCCUGGUGCGAAGAGGAAGGAGUAAAGCUAAAUUCCCCGCCCGCGCUAAUGCCUCUAUCGGUUAACGACGAAUUGGCUUUUGUAGCAGGCAUUCCUUGUUCCCUAAAUACUCCCUCAUUUUCUGUUGAGACGAUGUUGGAGAGAAGGCGUGCUUUGCGAGAUGCAGUUAGAAAAGAAAUGGGAUUAACCGACAAAGACAUGCUCGUGAUUUCUUUGAGUAGUAUCAACCCUGGAAAGGGUCAGCUGUUUCUUCUUGAAUCAGCACGUUUAACCAUUGAUGAGGAAAAUGGUAUAGUGAGAGAAGGAAAUGUAUCUGACAAUCAGCAUUCAAGAGUUUUGUUUCAGAAUUUGCACCUUCGUGGAUCUCCAGAUGAGCUGUCAUCUGGUAAUCAGGAAAAGAAAGAACUAGCGCUUAAAGUCUUAAUUGGUUCUGUCGGGUCCAAGAGUAACAAAGUUCCUUAUGUGAAAGGACUUCUCAGAUUUUUAUCCCAACACCCAUUGUUGUCAAAGUUAGUUUUAUGGACUCCAUCAACCACGCGCGUAGCCUCACUCUACUCUGCAGCAGAUGCUUACGUCAUAAAUGCUCAGGGUGUUGGGGAAACAUUUGGGAGAGUGACUAUUGAAGCAAUGGCAUUUGGUCUUCCGGUGCUUGGGACCGAAGCAGGAGGAACAUUAGAGAUAGUAGAGCACAAUAUAACAGGUCUUCUUCAUCCAGUCGGUCGCCCAGGGACUAAAGUUCUUGCAAAAAAUCUCUUGUAUUUGCUAAACAAUCCAUCCGAAAGGGAGAAGAUGGGAAUGAGAGGGAAAAGCAAAGUAGAGAGGAUGUACUUGAAAACACAGAUGUAUGAGAAAUUCGCCUUCGUCCUCUUUAAGUGCAUGAGGCUCAAAUAAGAACAUUAGUCAGUUUCACUACCCACCUGUACGAGAACACAAGAUUCUUUAGGAGUCGGUCAAAAUGAUUUUUUUUUUCUUGAUUAGGCAACUUGGCAUAAAUCUGUUCCUACAACAGCGGUUGAGAUUUUUCUUCUACUGUCAAAAGUUGUGGUCACGUAAGAUUUUGAAAAUAGUUUACAUCCUAAUAUACAAUAAUUCAUUGUAGUAUUGUAGUUUUGAUGUCAAAACACAACUAAUUGAAAGAAGCACUGUGACUGAUUCUUCA